GUUGGAAAAGAGAAAGAGGGAAGUAGAAACACACUGGUGGACAGUACUUUACAGUAUGAUAGUAUUUCGGACAAAUAUCUCCUGCUAAUGAAUAAUAACCCGGCUGUUUCUUCUUGGAGCACUCUGAUAGGAUGGCAUCACAGGAGGGGGAUGAGCCGCCUCCAAACGGGGGCCAAUCAGAUAGCCGUCUAAAGAGCAAGAAGCCACCAAGCCUGGUAAUAAUGAUACCUCCACCUGAGGAGACGAUGUCCCAUGACCCUGCAAAACAGCCACUCCGGCCGUCUCUGAAAAAAAGUGUGAGUCGCCAGGCAGCCGGGUCUGCAUCAGAGAGCAUCGGUGGAGCUGGAGAUGGAGGCUCUUCAGCCAGGGACAGGAGGUCAAAGUUUGGAAGACAAACUUCGCUCUCACAAAGCAUUCGCAAGAAUACGGCUGAGUGGUUUGGAGUGGGAGAAGACUGUCAGACCAAACAGCAGAUAUGGCACAGGAAGAGCCUGCGCCACUGCAGCCAACGCUACGGCAAGCUGAAGGCCCAGUAUAGAGAGCCUGACACAGCCACAAGCAUCGACCAGGGCCUGGACUCCCCUGCCGCACACAAGUUGCCCAAGAUUGUGGAUCCCCUGGCACGGGGACGAGCCUUCCGUUGUCAAGAUGAGGUGGACAAUCGAUCCCCCAGGACGCCCCUCACCACCCACGGGGCUCCCGUUACGCCAGGAGUCACCUCACUCAGCUCCUUCACCAGCCAGCGCUCUGGGUACAGCCGCUUCCCCAGACGUAAGAGGGAGUCCGUCGCCCGCAUGAGCAUCCGAGCUGCGUCCAACCUGCUUAGGGGUCGUAGUGGCUUGGCAGGCUCCCAGACAGGUCGCAGUUUCCCCAGGAGGAGCUUUGUCAGGCCCAGCUGGAUGGACGAGGACACUGUGGACUCUGCAGAUACGUCCGAGUCGCUCUUCUUCAGCAAGGUCGAUGCCCAUGAUGAGUUGUACUCUAUGGCUGAUGAUGUAUUUGAGUCGCCUCCCAUGUCUGCCUCUUUUGCUCCCUGUGACCAGCCUGAUCAGGGGUUCCCAAGCCUUAAGGACAUUUCUCGAACACUCAGGACACCAACAGUAUUACCUGAGAAAAGUCAUCCUCGCCGUGGUCGUCGUAUCGCCUCCCAAGUGAAGCACUUUGCAUUCGACAAACAGAAGCGUCAGUAUGGCAUGGGCGUUGUGGGAAAGUGGCUGAACCGGCACUAUCGACGCAGUCUCAGCAGCAACGUCCAGAAACAGUUGGAUGACUUCCACAGCCACAGGCCCUACUUCACCUACUGGAUCACUUUUGUCCAUGUAGUCAUCACCUUGCUGGCCUGUUGUACAUAUGGUUUUGCUCCUGUGGGAUUUGCACAACAUUCUACGACUGAACUGGUGCUCAAGAACAAAGGCAUUUAUGAGAGUGUCAAGUUUAUCCAACAGCAGAACUUCUGGAUCGGACCUAGUUCUGAGGACCUGAUCCACCUUGGGGCCAAGUUCUCGCCAUGCAUCCGUCAGGACUCACAGAUAGUCCAACUGAUCCAGAAGGCCAAAGACCUGGAGAGAGAAUCUGGCUGCUGCGUUCAGAAUGACAACUCUGGAUGUGUGCAGACCCACAGCAAAGACUGCUCUGAGACACUGGCCACCUUUAUGAAAUGGAACAAAGAGCCUGUGGGUACAACCUUCAGGUCCUCUGGCUCUGUUUGUCACCAGGAUCCCAGAGUGUGUCAAGAGCCCGCCUCUUUAGAGCCUCACACGUGGCCAGAUGACAUCACCAAGUGGCCGGUGUGUACACUUCCCAAGGCGUGGAACCACACAGGCUACAGACACAUGGACUGUAACAUCAAGGGCCGGCCUUGCUGCAUAGGAACUAAGGGCAGAUGUGAGAUCACGACCAGAGAAUAUUGCUCUUUCAUGCAUGGUUACUUCCAUGAGGAAGCCACAUUGUGCUCACAGGUUGACUGUCUAGAUGAUGUGUGCGGUUUGUUGCCUUUCCUGAAUCCUGAUGUUCCUGAUCAGUUCUACCGUCUCUGGCUCUCUCUCUUCCUCCAUGCUGGGCUGUUACACUGUGUGGUCUCAGUGGUGUUCCAGAUGACCAUACUUAGAGACCUGGAGAAGCUGGCAGGUUGGGUCCGCAUCUCCAUCAUUUACAUCCUCAGUGGCAUCACAGGAAACCUCGCCUCCGCCUUGUUCCUUCCCUACAGAGCCGAGGUUGGUCCUGCAGGGUCUCAGUUUGGACUCCUCGCUUGCCUAUUUGUUGAGCUGUUUCAAGGCUGGCAGAUUCUAGAGAAACCCUGGAAGGCAUUUCUCAAACUAUUGGGCAUCGUCCUCUUCCUCUUCAUGUGCGGCCUCCUGCCAUGGAUUGACAACAUUGCCCACAUCUUUGGUUUCCUAAGUGGCUUGCUGCUCUCCUUUGCCUUCCUGCCCUAUGUCACAUUUGGUACUUUUGACAAGUACCGGAAACGUAUCCUCAUCGCUGUCUCAUUGGUCGCCUACUUCGGACUGUUCUCUUCCCUCAUCGUUUGGUUUUAUAUCUACCCUAUUAACUGGCACUGGCUGGAGCAUCUCACCUGCCUGCCCUUCACUAACAAGUUUUGUGAAAAGUAUGACAUAGACCACAACAUUGAUGAUGUGGUGCACUAGUUACUUGGCAGCUAAUGACAUCCAAGAUGACCACAACCUCUGCGCUGCUGAUCCAGUAGCUUCUAGCCAAUGACUAAGUUAGUUAAUUCCAGGCCAGCUCUCAGUGGCCUGAAGAAUGUGACAAUCAUGUUUCUUUUAUUACUUUCAUCAAAGGAAUGAAUCAGAGUCCAUGUGUUUGAACUGGAUCAGUCUCUUCUCAGCCUCUGAUUCGCAUACCUCCAUAAAACUUUAUUCAACCAUUUAAUUCGUCAGUCAAGUCUGGCAUUACUUAUACUAACUUGCUACUGGUCUAGCAGAUCCUCAGAAACAGAGGACAGGAAAAGAUACUUGGGACAUCAAACCUGCGUAGAGCUGUGUGGACCUUAAGGAAAAAAUCUACAGAGUGAGAGUCUGAUUCCUUCACUU